AUGUCUGAUCUGCCACAGGCCCCUGUGGCUUCCCAGGAAGAGCGUCCGGAUUCUUCGCCCGAGGGAUCGUCGCAGACUGGCGCCGCAGAGACGGAAGAAGCCAGGACAGAGACCAGAGACCACAAACACGAAAGCCGAGAAAGCCAAGAGCAGGAAGAGAAAGCUCAGAAGGAAGGAGGAGAAGAGCGACAACCGGAAGAUGACGACGAGCGAACCGCCGCCACUGCGCCGCCUCUCCCGGACGAGGUCCCUCCACCACUCCCUGACGAAGCUCCGCCAGGCCCCUCGGAGGACGAUGGAUGGGAGCCCGUGUGGGAUGGGAAUGCUCAGGCAUACUACUUUUACAACCGCUUCACUAAGAUGUCUCAGUGGGAGAACCCUCGUGUUCCAGAUGCAUCCGCCACAGCUCCUGGCACAGACGGCGACGCCCGCAACCAAGAAACUCCGCAGAAAAAGGAACCUGUGCUUGGAGGCUACAACCCUGCGAUCCACGGCGACUAUGACCCGACCGCUCCGUAUGCCCAGCAAUACGAGGAACAAGCGCCAGAUGCGGACGCGUCUGCUGACCCAGCGGCUGCGUACAGCGCCUCCGGCGCGUUCAACCGGUUUACCGGCCGUUGGCAGGCCGAGUCGAUCAAUCCCGAAAACUAUAAUGACGAGAAUAAGUCUCGUCGACAGAUGAAUGCUUUUUUCGAUGUCGAUGCCGCAGCGAAUAGCCAUGACGGUCGGAGUCUUCGUGCGGAGCGGAGCGCAAAGAAGCUAAGCAAGAAAGAACUGAAGAUGUUCAAGGAGAAGCGUCGAGAGAAGAAGGAAGAGAAACGCAGGGCGUGGCUGCGGGAUUAG